AUGCCGUGGUGUUAUCCUCAGCAGAGCGCCUUUACCCUCAUUGCUUGGAGGCAGUUCUGUAGACUUUGCCAGUCUUUUCCAGGCGCGUCAAGUUUCUCCGGUCCGGGGCCUAAGAACUCUGCCCUGUGGAAUCCCACAGCAACAAUCCCUCUAGCAGGGUUACAAGCCGUGAUUCGUAGAAUCUCGUGCUGCGCCGGCAGCCAUUGCAUUGGAAGAACACAGAGCGCUACUUGUGGUUUCUGCACGCCUCCCGGUGUCUGCAAAGGGUACGGCGAGGACGGAGGGUUUGAAAAAUUCCUCUAUGCUUAUGCUGCUAAGGCGGAGAGUGCGCUGUGCUACGUGUCUAUCCGCGCCGCUACGCCUGCGGGUGGAGGGAAGGCAGCUCUGCCUGCCUCGAGCAUCACGUGUUGGCGGCCUGUCUCAUCAUGCCGUGUGCUCUGUUGCGCAGAGUUGGUCAUGCCGAUACCCCAGUGCUACGAUCCCGAGUACGUGGAGAGGCAGUGGAUGGAAUGGUGGGUAGGUCAAGGAUAUUUCACGCCCUCGGAUCGCACGAAUCGGCAGUCAAGCUGCCUGGCAGCAAACAGCACGCAUGAAAACGCGAGCACUGCUGGGGAGAAGGCGGCAGCAGCUUUGGCAGAGGCGACGAAAGACGCGAACAAGUUCAUCAUGGUUAUUCCUCCUCCCAACGUGACGGGGUCCUUGCAUAUUGGCCACGCGUUGACGAUUGCCAUUGAAGACGCUUUGGCGCGCUGGAAUCGCAUGCGCGGCAAACUCGUUCUUUGGGUGCCUGGCGUCGAUCACGCAGGCAUUGCAACGCAGUCUGUCGUUGAGCGCAUGCUGAUGAAGGAGGAAGGCAAGUCUCGCUACGAUCUCGGCAGGGAGGCCUUCGUCGAAAAGGUUUGGCAGUGGAAAGAAAAAUACGGAAAUGCGAUAUCGGACCAAAUAAGGAGGGUCGGCAGCAGCGUUUCAUGGCCGCACUUCUCCUUCACGCUUGAUCCCACGCGAUCGAAGGCCGUUGUGGAAGCGUUUGUGAGAUUGUUUAACCGCGGACUAAUCUACAGAGAGCAGCGACUGGUUUCCUGGUCUUCCUCUUUGAAAACUGCUCUGAGCGACAUCGAAGUAGACACCGAGACGAUAGAGCAGCCACAGAGCAUUCGCAUUCCGGGAUUCGACUUUCCUGUCGAGGUUGGCUACUUGUGGCACUUUGUGUACCCGGUGGAAGGUGGGGGAGCACUUGAAGUUGCAACCACUCGCAUAGAAACCAUGCUAGGCGACACGGCGGUUGCUGUAAACCCCAACGAUACCCGUUACAAGCCCCUGAUUGGUAAGCGCCUUCUCCACCCGUUCUUUCCGGAACGCGAGAUGCGCGUCAUUGCGGAUGCCCACGUCGACCCCGAGUUCGGCACGGGGGCCGUCAAGAUUACGCCAGCGCACGACAAGAACGAUUAUGAAAUUGGAAAGCGGCACAAGCUUGACUUUAUCACCAUCUUUUCUCCGGAUGGCCACAUCAACGAGAGGGGCGGCGAGUUCGCUGGCCAGCACCGCUUCACCUGCAGAUAUAACAUCCAGAUCAGACUGAAGGAACUGGGGCUUUUGCGGGACAAGGUGCCUAACAGCAAGCCAAUGCAGCUGCCACGCUGCAGCCGCAGCGGCGACAUCAUUGAGUACAUGCUCGUGCCGCAGUGGUGGAUGGACUGCAAGGAAGCGGGGCGACGCAGUGUCAUGGCAGUCCGCAGCAAAGAACUGAUCAUCAAGCCGGAGCACCACGUGGCCACGUGGGAGUACUGGCUUACGAAUGUGCAGGACUGGUGUAUUUCUCGGCAGUUGUGGUGGGGUCAUCGGAUACCUGCUUACAAGGUGGUUUCUCCGGUACUUCCAGCUGCCGAUUGCAAUAUGUCGGGGGAGGCGUGGGUGGCGGCGAGGAGUGAGGAGGAGGCGAAGAGGGUUGCGAGCGAGAGGUUUCGAAUUCGUGAAGAGGACAUUGUCCUGCAGCAGGAUGAGGAUGUAUUGGACACUUGGUUCUCGUCUGGCCUGUUCCCCCUCAGUGUGUUUGGGUGGCCAGAGGAAACUGAGGAGCUUAAGGCCUUCUUUCCGACAACGCUGUUAGAGACAGGUCAUGACAUCCUGUUUUUUUGGGUGGCAAGGAUGGUGAUGCUCUCUCUGGAACUGACUGGCAAGCUGCCUUUCUCUACGGUGUAUCUACACCCCAUGGUUCGCGAUUCUCAGGGGCAGAAGAUGUCCAAGUCCAAGGGAAAUGUGAUCGAUCCGUUAGAGGUCAUCAACGGGAUUUCUCUGGAGGGGCUGAUCGCGAAGCUGCACACCGGGAACUUGCAACAGAAGGAAAUCAAGCGAUCGGAAACGCUGCUGAAGAAAGAGUUCAAGGAGGGCAUCCCCGCGUGUGGCUGCGAUGCGCUGCGCCUGGGCCUCGUGGCGUACAUGCGGCAGGGCCGAAACAUAAAUCUGGAUCUAAACCGCGUCGUGGGGUAUAGGCAGUUUGCCAAUAAAAUAUGGAACUGCACCAAAUUCGCGCUCGACAAGUGGUCAUUGGAUGUCGAUGGCAAGGGCACGCCUUUUGUCGCUAGAGGCAUUCAAAUGCUAGCGCACAGCAACGCGCACACGAAGAACUCGCAUGUAACAAUGAUCAACUACGCGGAUCUAACGUGGUCGGACCGCUGGAUUCUUCACAGACUGUCCACAGCUUGCGAACAGGCGAAUCGUUCUUUCGAGGAAUACGAGUUUGGGGACGUGGCGAACGCAAUCUACAACUUUUGGCUUUACGAGCUCUGCGACGUUUAUCUCGAGGCGAUUAAGCCACGGAUUCAGCCUUUCACUGCAGUUGCAGGGGAAGAUGUAGAGGCUGUAUUGGCGCGCGUGCGGGACGCUCGCUGCGCGCAAGAGGUGUUGUACACGUGUAUCGACAGGGGCCUCAAGCUUCUGCACCCCAUCUGCCCUUUCGUAACGGAAGAACUCUACCAGAGACUGCCCCCCUCGGAAGCUAAGGCCGAGUCUAUAUGCAUUAGCAACUAUCCGCAGCAUGUUUUGGCGUGGACCGAUGCCGCACUCGACACCAACAUGCAGCAGGUGCAGCAAAUCGUCGGAAGGUUCCGGUCCCUUCUUGCGGCUCUGGAAAUUCCACCAAAGGUGAAACCAGAGGGUUUUGUACUGGUAAACGGCACGGCGCCUCAAGUUCCGUUUCUGAGGAGCACUUCGUCGAUCAUGGCCAUUCUGUCAAAACUGAAAGAAGUUGCGGUAAUCACCGAUGCGCCGCCCACGGGCUGUGUGUCAGAUGUUGUUACACCGCAAAUUACGAUUUACCUCAAAAUUGGCGAUGGCGUCAAUCUCGCGCAGACUCUCGACAAGCUCGAAAAGAAACGCGCCAACCUCGUUUCUAAGAUUGAGAGCUACAUAAAGAAAGUGAAUGACCCGAACUUUGACAAAGCGCCGGAUGCCGUGAGGGACGCCGCUCUUGAGAAGAAGGCAGAUUUGGAAAAAGAGCUGCAGUUGCUCGCUGCUGCAAUCGACAAUGUUGCUCCUCUCUUGCAGCAAUGA